AUGACGGUGGCUGAGUGGCGUCGUUCUCGGCUAGAUGAACGCCGACGUGAUUUACAGCCGAAAUCCAUGGCGUCCGUACCUCGCUCUCCCGCAGCAAUGGACUACCACUCCCCUCCUCCUGGCAAUGAGGCAACCGCCAAGGUGAGGCCCAGGAAGAGUAGAAGGGACGAAAAGAAGACAGCGUUGUCAAGCAGCCGGCCCAUGACAGGGAAAUUUGUCGCGUGCUUGGCGAGCAAAGCGCAACCUGAAUGUCAACCAAUCAAAACUGAUUCAGCACCUGGAGUUGAUCAACAUAAAGAAUCAGUCGUGAUGCCACCGUUUGAUAUCGACGCGGAACUCUACAAGCUGGUCCACAGUAGUGAUAGUGACAUCGACAUUGUAUUUGCACUUCUGAUUGUGCUCUUGCUCAGAAAGAUAAUCUCAAAUCAUGAAUUCUGA